GUUAUGCUCUCACAGGUUGGUGAGAUGUCUUCAAAAGGGGGAUGUGGGAUACGGGAUAUAAUUAUAGAAGGAAACACAAGUGUGACAAGCACAUGCUUUCGAAAUCUAUCCAAAGUUCUGAUAGCUGGUUGCAAUGGUCUUAAGGAUUUGACGUGGUUGUUGUUUGCUCCUAACCUCACUCAUCUCAAUGUUUGGAACUCAAGCGAAGUAGAAGAGAUAAUAAGCCAAGAGAAAGCUUCAAGGGCUGAUAUAGUUCCUUUUCGGAAACUAGAAUAUCUACACUUGUGGGAUUUACCAGAACUGAAGAGCAUAUACUGGGGUCCUUUACCGUUUCCAUGUCUGAAUCAGAUCAACGUACAAAACAAUUGUCAAAAGCUGAGAAAGCUUCCAUUGGAUUCUCAAAGUUGCAUUGCGGGUGAAGAACUCGUCAUACAAUACGGAGAUGAAGAAUGGAAAGAAAAAGUUGAAUGGGAGGAUAAAGCCACAAGACUCCGGUUCUUGCCAUCCUGCAAGUUGGUUUUGUAUAAUCAAUGAAGGGAAACAGGUUUUCCAGAAGAAAAAAAAACUCGUAUGGUCUCAAUGGUAAAUAACUAAAUAUCAGUAUCCUUCCUCUCUCUACGCUUAUAUUCAUGGGACCUUGUAUUAUAUCUGCCAUUGUCUUGUCUUGUUAUGUUUUGAAGUGUUAUUUGGAUUUUGUAUGUGUAUGAGCUUCAUCUCCCUUUGUUUGUUUGAACUUAGUCCCUAAAACUCUUGUAUAUAAAACAAAAACUUGAUUGGUUUUGUUUACAUAAAGUGGUGAUUAUUUAUCGCUUGUUGUUCUAAGAAGGCAUUAUGAAAUGUUGCUGGUGUGGUAAUCCUGAAACGAUUUCUCAUGUAGUUCGAACAACUGAAUCUUCAUUUCCUCUCAUUAUGGUCAUUGGGGAUGAUUGUAAUUUCAUCUCAAACUUGUUAUAAGCAGCUAUAUGAAUCGCUGUUGCUGAUUGUAGUUUUACUGUGAAAUGUUAUUGGAUUGCUUGAAUGUGAGGUUUGAGUUGUUUCUUGCUGAGGUGCAGCUACCUGUUCCUAAGCCAUAUACUCACCAAAUCACCAUAUGAUGGAAUUCAUGUUUUUGGUUUUUGGCCAAGAGAGCAGAUGCAUAGCCAUAACUAUCAUGUUUCAGAUCCGUUAGAUCAUGUACUCAUUUCAAAGAUCAGAGUUUCAGAUUCUUCAUCAGUUUUAUUUUUUUCAUGUAUUCAUGUGAAAGAGAUUUUUUUAUCAGGUUCUUCUGCUGCUUGGUAACACAAAUGGAGUUGCCAAGGAUGUUCAGGUAAUUUGUAGCUCGAAUACAUCUGAUGUUCUGUA